AUGGGUUAUGAGAGAGGAGGAAAUUACACAAUAAGGAAUGCAUCUGAAAGCAAUAAUUCGUCAAAAGGCAUUUAUAGUAUGAAAGUUAAAUGUCCUUUUAGACGGAGAUCUGUUCCAAGUGGUAUCAGUUGGAAGGUGAUGGUUAGGUGUGAGAUGCACAAUCAUAAAAUAUCUGAGGAUUUGGAAGGCCAUGACAUAUUGGAAUGUCUAAAAGAUCAUGAAAGAAAGUUUGUGAAUGACAUGAUGAAGUACAACAAGGCUCCAAGGCACAUAGUUGUUGCUUUGAAAAACAAAGAUCCAAAAAACCUCAGGAGUGUUACCCAGGUGUAUAAAGCUAGAUCUACAUACAAAAUAUGCAAGAGAGGUCCACUGACAGAAAUGCAGAUGUUGUUGAGCCUUAUUCUUAAAGAGAAAUACAUGUGUUGGACUAGAAAUAGGGACAACUCAGAUGUUGUAGUUGAUAUCUUUUGGACACAUCCUAAUUCUGUGAAGUUUUUGAAUAUGUUUCAUUUGGUAUCGAAUAUCACUGCUUGA